UUUUGAGAUAAACAGUUAAUUAAUCUAGUUACUGGUGGAGCCAACCAGCUAAAAUCCUUCCUGAGUAUUCAUCGCCGACAGAGAAAGAAAUAAAUACGAAGAAAUGCACUCAUUAUAUUCUUUAUCCAAAUACCUCGUUUGUUUCCAGAUCUUGGCUGUACAACUCUUCGUGCGCUACGUUUCAUCCCUGAACCUUACCAAUGCAUAUGUGCACCACAAAUGCCUUGUCGAUCAAGGGAAAUAUAAGCCGGGAAGUGAGUACGAGGAAAACCUUAACUAUCUCAUCAAUCAUAUCUCUACUCAAAAAUUUCCGGACGGUUUCACACACACAUCUCGUGGCGAUGCUCCGAAUUUCAUUACCAUUGUAUUUCAAUGUCGCGGCGACUCCUACGGGUCUAAGUGCAGUUCUUGCUAUGCCACUAAUCUUCGUAAGAGAUGUCAGAGAUACAAAGGAGCAAUAAUAUGGUACGACCAAUGUUUUCUCGAUGUUAGUUCGUUCGAUUCACCCCCAACGAUGAUUGAUUACAAGAAUACUUUCGCUAUGCACAACCAAAAGACUGUGAACGAGGAUGCAGAGUCGUUCAACAAAAAAACUAGGGAUUUCCUUUACAGUCUGAUGCUAAAAGCUGAUAAACCCAAAGCGGGUAGUUAUGCGGCGGGUGAGCUGAGGCUUGGGGCGAAAAAAUUGUAUGCAAUGGUACAGUGCGCUCUAGACAUAUUUCAAUGUAAAGUUUGUUUAGAAUGGAGUAUUAAUGAGCUCUCCAAGUGCUGCUACAGUAAACAAGGAGCAAGAUUUUUGGGUACGAGCUGUAAUAUUAGGUAUGAGCUAUACCCUUUUCUACGGACUUAA